CAUUGUAAUCUAAGAGUGAGCGAUAAGUAAGCAACAUGAAUAUACUACUCUCGUUUUUAUCAUUGCUUUUCAUCCUGUGGCAGCACCUUACUCGCGGCAUUCAUUGGUAACAUUAAGUUUUGGUUGGUGAUCGCUAUUACUGACCAAAGAUGGGUAUUUCCCGAGAUCACUGGCAUAAACGAAGGAAGACUGGUGGUAAAAGGAAGCCCAUCAGGAAGAAGAGGAAGUUUGAAUUGGGACGCCCUGCUGCAAAUACUAAAAUUGGACCACAAAGAAUUCAUACUGUAAGAACCAGAGGAGGUAAUAAAAAAUAUAGAGCAUUAAGACUUGACCAUGGAAACUUUGCAUGGGCAUCAGAACAAUGCACCAGACGAACUAGGAUUGUAGAUACUGUUUACAAUGCAAGUAACAAUGAGUUGGUUCGUACAAAAACAUUAGUGAAAAAUGGCAUUGUCAUGAUUGAUGCUACACCUUUUCGUCAGUGGUACGAAGCUCACUACGCUUUACCUCUUGGUCGAAAAAAGGGUGCUAAACUAACUGAGCAAGAAGAUGCAAUUUUAAAUAAGAAACGAAGUAAGAAAACAGAAAAGAAGUAUAAAGAACGUCAAAAGCUAGCUAAAGUUGAUCCUGCAAUGGAAGAUCAGUUUAUGUCAGGUCGUAUCCUCGCCUGUAUAUCUUCUCGGCCAGGCCAGUGCGGGCGAUGUGAUGGUUACAUACUAGAGGGAAAAGAGUUGGAGUUCUACCAACGAAAGAUAAAAGCUAAAAAGGGCAAAUAGACUAUGUGUUAAAAUAAAAAAAAAUUAUGUUGA